ACCUAACAACAACUACUUCAUCAUUCAUCCAUUUAAUAAUUAUAUUAGUUAUUGUGUUUUUGGCGUUUUUCAACGGUUUUUAAAGUUUCAAGAUGGUUGUUUUAGUGUUGAGUGUAUUGUUGGUUGCCUGCAGUGGAGUAUUAGCUGCACCAAGCGGCAGAGUUCUUGAUGAUAUGUUACCACCGAAUUUGUUAACUUUACCAAGUAAUGCAACCAGCAUUCGUUCAAACAUUGAAGAUUCUUUCAGUUGCGAAGGACGUUCAUACGGAUACUACGCCGACGUCGAAAACGAUUGUCAAUUGUUUCACGUCUGCUUACCCGUUACCUACGCAAGCGGAAGAAGCCAAAUGUUCCGGUGGAGCUUCAUAUGUCCCGAUGAAACAGUUUUCAAUCAAGAAAUGUUUACUUGCACACGUUCAGACGAAGCUAUCGACUGCUCGGAAUCGCCACGUUUCUACAAUUUGAACACCAACUUCGGCGAACAAUUAAACAUCGCGGUUCCAACGGAAGAGAUUGAAGAAGAUCAUGUUCAUGAACAACAUCAAUCAAACGACGAGGUGACGGUUCCAAUCGUGGCACAAGAGCUGGAUGCCCUGCCGGAAACUAUCUCCGAAUCGGCGGAUGUAACCCAAAUGACACAUGUUACGCAUGCGCAGGAAUACAUGAAGAGCACUGUUCCCAUCGUACCGAUUUACCAUCGACGCGUUAUGAAAUUUUAACAUUUAAUACUUAUCAGAAUAUUAAAAUUAGUGAUUUUUGAACACGUUGAACAAAAUUUUCAUUGUUUUUACGUUUACUAUUUCAUAGUUUUGAAAACAAUGGAAAAUUUUACAUUUUAAA